AUGAAACGCAAACAGGCAACACUUGAAUCCAUUUGGAUCAAGAAACCAAAAACUAAUGAACCAACUGAAAAUGAGUCUGUUGCUGCUUUCAGCUCUCCGGUACCUCUGGCACCCUCAGCAACAUCCACCAAUGACAUUAGUGUGUAUGCUAGACAACAUGGUAAAUUGACUGAUGAGGAACGUGACACUCUUCUCUCUACGGACUGGAAACCAUCAGAGAAACACAUGUACAAAAAGACACAAUUCGGCAAAACAAGUCGGACAUUCCAGUCAUCCUGGCUCCAGAAAUAUCCAGGACUUGUGUACAGUGUCGAAGAAGAUGGAGCGUAUUGCGUACAUUGCGUCACAUUUCCAGGGAACAAAAAACGUGGAAAAUUAGUUAGUGAACCAUUUCAAAACUGGAAGAAAGCCAUUGAAGUCUUUGAUGGUCAUUUUUUUCCAGAUGCAAAGAAACACUCCAAAGACGGGGGUACUGGGUAUCAAGCCCACAUUGAUUCGCGCAUAUGUUGUGAGCAGUUUAUGAGUGUGAGAAAAAACAACGCUCCCGUAAAUAAGCAGGUCGAUGCAGCUCUGCAGGCCAGACGGAAGAAGAAUGCUGUGGUUCUUGAGUCUAUCACCAAGACAGUGUUGUUAUGUGCGCGCCAGAACAUAGCCCUCCGUGGGCAUUCUGACAGUUCAAAAUAUUAUGAUGAUGAAUCAGUGAAUUGUGGUAAUUUCCAAUCACUUAUAGAGUUUCGUGUUGAGUCAGGUGAUUCUGUUCUCAAGGAACACUUUGCUACUUCCGUGUGUGUCAGGUUUAUAGACGAGUCUGACAAGAUCCGAGAAGAGUUUCUCCGGUUUGUAGAUGUCAGUCCAGAUACCAGUGGCGAGGCUCUCUCCCAAGCUAUCCUCGACGUGCUAACAGACGUUGGUCUAGACCCUUCCAUGAUGCGGUCACAGUGCUACGAUGGUGCUGGUAACAUGACGGGUAAGACAAAAGGUGUAGGUCCAAGAAUCCAGCAUCAGUACCCCAGAGCUCUUCCGUUUUGGUGCACGGCUCACCAGUUGAACCGCUGUGUAGUUCAUGCUUCCAACAGCACACUUGUACGAAACAUGAUGGGAACAGUUGACAGGAUUGCUGUGUUCUUCAACUACUCGCCGAGACGACAGACCUGUCUUGCUGAAUGUCGGGCUGCCAUGGAAGUCACCGAGUCCAAGCGCCAGAAGAUAAAGUCUCUCUGCCGUACACGCUGGGUAGAACGACACGACGCCCUUGAGGUCUUUAUCGACUUUCUACCCGCCAUGGUUGAUGCAAUGUCUCAGUUAAUGGAGAAUGAAACCAAGUCUACAACAUCUGCUGAAAUCUCUGGGUUUUUGAUGGCGAUUACUGGUUUCCAGUUUAUCGCUGUCCUGGUGAUUGUGACCCGCUGUCUCAGCUAUAUAAAACCCCUCACUGUUGCUCUUCAAGGUCGUUCGGUUGAUGUGGUCAAGGCCAUGUCUCAGGUUAGUGUGGUGCAGCAAGCUCUCCAAGAGGUCCGUGACAACAUCGACACCUACCAUAACACCUGGUUCCAAGAAGUUUCAACUAUCGCUGACAAUCUUGGUGUUCAGCCAUCUCAACCCAGACUGUGUGGUCGUCAGACUAAGCGUGACAACAUCGAAGCAGCAACACCCGAAUUGUACUACAAAAGAAACCUAACGAUUCCCUUUGUUGACACUUUUGUGAAUGAAAUGGACACCCGAUUCAGUGAUUUGCAGACUAAGGCAGCCAUGGGAUUGAAGCUUAUACCGGAACAAAUGUGCGCCUCUCCUGUCAGUGCUAGUGACCUUGAAUGGUUCAUUGAUGAUCUCCCUUCCCCUCAGUCCCUGCCUGCUGAGUUGCACUUGUGGCAGGCUAGAUGGAAAGGUGUUACCAACCCACCUACUACCCUUCAGGGGGCUGUUGAACAGUGUGAUUCACAGCUGUACCCCAACAUUUACACGGUCUUGUCUAUCGCAUGUGUGUUCCCUGUCACAUCAUGUGAGUGUGAAAGAAGUAUCAGUGCCCUAGGACUUGUAAAGACAAAACUGAGAACUUCAAUGGGUCAGGACAGGUUGUCCGCUUUGUGCCUUCUUUCUGUUCAUAGGGACAUUGACAUUAACAUUUGCAAUGUUGUCCGAGAGUUUGCUCGGAAGCAUCCUAGGCGGAUGGAUCUUCCUGACAUCCUGUCUGAGCUGUAGACAUUUGUUGAAUAGUGGUAUAAUCACUUCAGCAUUAGCAUUGUAUUAUUUUGCUGUUAUAAUGAUAUUUUAUUCUUCAUUUAUCAUUGUUGUAUUUGUUGCUUUUAUUAUGUGCAAUUUGCUGAUCAGUUCCCUUUAAAUCUGAUUUGAGGUGAUAAUUUCCUUUAAGCCCUUUUUAUUUUAUGGCCCUUUUUUACACCUUUUCUUUUUAUGGUAGGUUAGGCCCCUUCCUUGGGUCAAGAUCAGCAAUCUUUUACACAGCUUUUAAUUGUGAAUGUAUAGUACUGAUAUUAUAUUUCUGCUUACAUUAUAAUAAUGUGCUAUAAAAAUACUGCUUUGGUUAUGCUUUUAGUGUGUUUUAUUAUUAUAGUAUUACUUAUGUAUGCCAUGUAUUUAUGAUGUGUUGAAAUUUGCUACUGUUUGAUUAUAGGUCGGUCAAGAGCUUUACAUAGCUUAUGUUAUAUCAUGUUAUUUCAUACCGACAAUAAAUAAAUUUUGAUUUGAUUUGUAAGAUUUUCUUGUAUU